AAUCAGAGUCAGAAGUUGAGUCAGAAGUUGAGUCAGAAGUUGAGUCACAAGCAGAGUCAGAAGCAGAGCAGUGGGAAGCCGAGUCAGAAUCUGCGUCAGAUGCAGAGACGGAAGCGAAGGCAGAGGCAGCGUCAGAAGCAGAGUCAGAAGCAGAGUCAGAAGCAGAAGGUGAGGCAGAGGCCUCACAUGCUGAAAAAGAGGAUGCUAGAUUGGUUGGGGUCAGGUUCUUGGACUUAUUAUGGCGACAGGCGGAGAAAGAGCAAAGCUGCUCGUAAGGCUCCUGUGGGGUGGUGCGACUGACUGGUAUACGCCAGACGUGAUGGAGGCCAGCGACUGUGAGUUCCGCUCGUUUGCAGAGUUAACCGACCUGUGGUACAAGGUGCAUUCUGACCCCAGGUUGGCCAAGGCGUUAUCUGUUGCAGUGGUUAAGGACGAGAAGUGGGGUGCCUCGCAGAUGGUAGACUUCUGGAAGCACAUGACUGUAUUCAAAGCUGUCUGGAAAGACUUCACCAUUUCAGAGUUGGGCCAGCUUCUUCGCACAGUGAUCAGGAAUGAGAGGGCGCAGAGCAGGAGCACGUUCAGCUCCAACAGGGACUCUGAUUCGGAAUCAGAUGAAGAGGGAGAAGAGUCUGAAGAUGACAACGAUGACAGCUUCGCUGACGCAUUUGAGGUGGCGGAGGAAGUCUGCGGCAUGUUUAGCUGCAUCUUCCGCGUGCUAGAGCUCACGCCGGCGCAGCAGAAGGACCUGUUCAAGGCGGCUGUGAAAGGGCUAUUUGGUGGCGAGAAUCUCUACUAUCUGGUUGAAGCAGGUCUUGGUUUAAACCUGACGUCCAGCGAGUUCCAAGAGCUCAGGCGAAAGGAGUCUCCGAAGACCCAGGCUCGGAUAACAAAGCAGAUACAAGAGGAAGAGGCCUACUGGUGCGACGAAGACAGUCCCCAGCCCAGCGCCCCACCCCCUUACGCCUCUCGUAACGGCUCCUGCUGUUCGAACAGCGCGAAACGGGGCUGCCUGAGGCGGCAGUGCGGCGGGUGCUGUAAAAAGGGUUUCGGUGGGGCGUGCGCGGUCCACUUAGGGACCGUCGCGGCGGCAGUAAGAGCGCCGCCGGCCGGAAAGUGCGUCGGAACCGGGGCUGCAACAUCAGCGGCCGCAAACUUGUCCUCCGAAGCCGCUCCGUUCGUCCCCGCAACUUCUGCUCCAGCGUACCGAGAGCCGAUUUACACCGCGGAAGAGACCCGGGUGGUAAAGAGCGAAGCUGAGCUCGAGAAGGUGCUGACCGCCGGGGGCGCGUUCAAGCGGGUGAUCUUCCGGGACUUCUACGUGAAGCCCGAACAAUUCGGGCGGAUGGUUGCGCUGUUUGGGGCCGGUUUGGAAUGCAUUGAGAUGAGCGGAGGGGAGGGGUAUCAGCUGAACGGAGAGUCGAUCCGGGGUGUGGCUACGGCUUGCCCCAAGCUGAGAAAGUUUUCGAUGGAAUCCGCCUCCAGUAUCAAAGACGACGCCUUCGCUGCGCUCCUCAAGAGCUGCCCCGAGCUGGAGUACCUAGACACCAGAGGGAACGACAAGGUUUCCGGCUCUCUUAGCGACAAGUCGUUCAAGUUGCUGCAGACGGAUAGCACUCUAGCGCCGAAACUGAGAAAGCUGUACGUAGUUGACCAGCGCAUGAGUAAGAAAAUAGCAGAAAAACUGGUCAAAAUGCGGCCGCAGCUAUUUAUACAAGGGGGUGAGAGUGACGGCGACGGUUAUGCAUCUGCAAUGGUGAUGCAAAUGACGGGGGCGAGCUAUGGGGACGGGAUCUGGGGAGUCGGAGCAGGUGCCACGCCGCCGAGCUUUGGUUUCCAAAAAUACUCGAAUUACGACUUCUUCUAGGGCUUGCUCUCUCGAUAUUGUCAUGUCAGUAUGGCCAGGUCUCUCCUUAAGACGAACGACGACCAGAAAGUAUAUUCUCCGAAGGUCGAAAUGAAGCGAGCCUGACAGUAACGGGGUACUAAAAUCAAUUUGGACGAUUUGCGCAACUAUAACGCUUACGAAGCCUUGAUGUUGGAAAGGAUCCC